GUUCGGCUCCACACGCGUGCAGAGGCUGUGUCGUGGCUCGCAGCAUCAUGUCUGUGUUUAUGGAUCUAAAUGUGACCUACUCGGCCGAUAGGAUCCGGAUGAAGAGCCUGAUAGAGACCGCAGCCCACCUCGGGUACUCCACCAUCGCCGUCAACUACACCUACGAGCUGACGGUCAAGAAGACCAAGGAGGUUCCUGUCCCAACGCCGAUCAAAGAUCUGAUCGAUCAGCUGCCCAUCGUACAGGGUCGCUCUCGGCCAAUCAGAGUGCUGAACAGACUGACGGUGGUGAUGUCAGAGGCCGGACACUUUAGGAAAGGAGCGUCUGAGUUCAGUGCCUUCGACCUGCUGGCCGUUCAGCCGACCACAGAGAAACUUUUUCAUGCGGCGUGCUGUAACCUGGACGUAGACAUCGUCUGCAUCGUGGUGACAGAGAGACUCCCCUUCAUCUUCAAGAGAAGCCCUGUCAACGUGGCGGUGGAGCGGGGCAUCGUGUUCGAGGUCCAGUACUCUGCAGCCAUCAGAGACUCCACCAGGAGGCGCUACACCAUCGCUAACGCCAUUGCUCUGGUGGAUACGUGUAAGGGAAAGAACGUGAUCCUGUCGAGUUCAGCGGAGACGGCGCUGGAGCUCAGAGGACCGUACGACAUCACUAACCUAGGGCUGCUGUUCGGUCUGUCAGACGGAGAUGCCAAAGAAGCCGUUUCCUCCACGUGCCGAUCGGUGGUUCUCCAUGGAGAAUCGAGGAAGACGGCCUUUGGGAUCGUUUACACCAUGAAGCGCUGCAGUGAGACUCCUGACCAGCAGGAGGCGCCACCUGAAAAAGGUGACGCUCCACCUGCAAAGAAAUCCAAACAGGUGACUGAGUGAGGGGGAGGAGCCUCAGUGUUGACGUUUACGUUGUUGUUGUUUACUUUAUGUUGUUUAGAAAGCAAAAAUGUAAAUUAAGAUUUAUAAAGUGUUUUUUUUUUAUAAAUAAGAAAUAAAACUCAGAUGUCAGA